CAAUGCCCACCCCAAGUUCCGCUACUAGUGUUGGUGCUGGAGGUCGACCCUCAAGCGGCGGCCCUUCUUCCAAAUCUUCAGUUGUCCGACGAGGAAAGAGUGGUGGAUCAAGCAGCACCGUUUCCCGCUCAAAACCCGGCGGUGGUAAUGCUGGUAUGUGGAGAUUCUACACUGAGGACUCUCCCGGACUCCAAGUUGGACCAGUGCCAGUGUUAGUGAUGAGUCUGGUGUUCAUCGCUUCAGUCUUCAUGCUCCACAUCUGGGGAAAAUGGACCAGAUCUUGAUUUCCUGUCACCAUGCCGACAAAUAAACCCUCCCAAAACUCUGAAACUGUACAGUGUACAUUUUACCCCCGGGCAUAUGUUUUAAUUUAACUUUUGUGUUGAGGUCAAACCUGUUUGAUAAUAUCCCUUUUGGCUGUACUUUUGCAGUGAUGGCUGGUUAUUAGGCACGUUUUGUGAGAUUGAACAGCGACUCAGGAUUAAUUUUAACUACGAUACCCCAUUUCUGACGUACUUAAAACUUUGCAUACUUUCUGCAGUCUUUUAAUUUCACGUAAUAUUAUUCAUGAUUGUUAAUUGAUCGGGAAGUCUGAUUAUAGUUGAAAUAUUGGUACUUAAAGUUGAGUUUGAACAAUGUGAUAA